AUGGCUAGAGAUCGAUUAAUAUCUGGACCCAUAGAGCAGAAAAUUCUAAAUUUGAUAAACGAACUUAUUGAUGAGAGAACAAGAAUUAACAGAAAAGAGUUGAGUGAAAGUGAAGCUGAAGAUCCAACUGCAGGGAUCGAAUCUGCGAGUAAUUUAACUACAUCAUCAAUCCUAUCUUAUGUCCAAUCAAGAGAUUUUAUGUUGAAAAGAACCAAGAGAAUCCAAUUAGAAAAAUCUAUUGCAAAGAUUCUACGAAUUUUACGAGAAAAUGAGGCAGCUGAAUAUAAAAGCACUUUAGUUGAAUCUAAUACAGAUGAUUUACAAGACUCUGAAUGUGAUGAGAAUGAGGACAUCAAUAACAACAUAAUAGCAUUCAAGGACCCUAAUGCCACAAAUAAAUCUGUCACAUCCAUGUGGAAUUUUGAAAACAAAGAGGAUGAAGCUGAUGGAGAAACUGAUAAUGUAGAAGGUUCAGGCACGAAAAGAAAACCAAAGGAAUCAUUUAAAUCUAUGAUAAAAAAACAAAAACGUAAAAUCAAUUAUACAUUGCCUGACUUAAAUUUAUCAAUGCUUGGGGGAAUAGAAAAUGUUACUACUCAACUUUUAGAAAUAAUCGGACUACCUAUAUUACAUCCAGAAUUAUAUUUAUCUACGGGAGUAGAACCUCCUAGAGGAGUUUUAUUGUAUGGACCUCCAGGAUGUGGUAAAACUACUGUUGCUAACGCAUUAGCCGGUGAACUAAAUGUACCAUUCAUAAAUAUUUCUGCACCAUCAAUUGUUUCUGGUAUGUCUGGUGAAUCAGAGAAGAAACUUCGGGAGAUCUUCGAAGAAGCCAAAUCAAUUGCUCCAUGCUUGAUAUUUAUGGAUGAAAUUGAUGCAAUAACCCCCAAGAGGGACGGAGGUGCUCAGAGAGAAAUGGAAAGACGAAUUGUUGCUCAAUUAUUGACGUUGAUGGAUGAGUUAACUAUGGACAAAACUGAUAAUAAACCAGUGAUAGUUAUUGGAGCUACAAAUAGACCCGAUUCUUUGGAUUCAGCUCUUAGACGUGCAGGAAGAUUUGAUCGGGAGAUAUGUUUAAAUGUACCCAAUGAAUUUCAGAGAGAAUCAAUUUUAAGAGCAAUGACCAAGAAAAUAAAAACAGAAAAUGGAGAUAAAUUUAAUUACAAAGAGUUAUCCAAAUUAACACCAGGGUAUGUUGGAGCUGAUUUGAAAAGUUUGGUUACUGCGGCUGGUAUAUCUGCUAUUAAAAGAAUUUUUGAAGCAUUGAGCGAACAGCAGGUGGAGAUGAUUCAAUCUAAUACUGAUCAUAUGGAAAUUGAUUCAAAGGAUGGAAAGUUAACUAAUGGCUUUCUCACAACGAACUUCAAUGUAAAAUCAGACGAAGAAAAAUUAUCAGCGAUACAAAAAUUUUUGCAAAAAAAUCCAGGUCCACUAAAUCAAUCUCAGUUAGAGACUUUAUGUAUAACGUAUCAAGACUUUUUGAAUGCUUUACCGACCGUCCAGCCCACCGCGAAAAGAGAAGGAUUUGCAACUGUGCCAGAUGUGACUUGGCAAAAUGUAGGGGCAUUAACUAAAAUUCGAACAGAGCUACACAUGUGUAUCGUUCAACCUAUAAAAAAACCAGAAUUGUAUUUGAAGGUUGGUAUUUCCGCACCAUCAGGCAUUUUAAUGUGGGGACCUCCAGGAUGCGGUAAAACAUUAUUAGCAAAAGCAGUGGCAAAUGAAUCGAGGGCAAAUUUCAUAUCAAUUAAAGGUCCAGAAUUGUUAAAUAAAUAUGUUGGGGAAUCAGAAAGGGCCGUAAGACAAGUUUUUCAAAGAGCAAGAGCUUCAAAACCAUGUAUCAUAUUUUUUGAUGAGUUGGAUGCUUUAGUACCAAGAAGAGAUAGUUCAAUGUCAGAAUCUAGUUCCCGAGUGGUCAACACUUUGUUGACCGAAUUGGAUGGUUUGAAUGAUAGAGUUGGGGUAUUUGUUGUUGGCGCUACUAAUAGGCCUGAUAUGAUUGACCCUGCGAUGCUAAGACCAGGAAGACUAGAUAAAACUCUUUAUAUUGAACUUCCUGCGGCUUCAGAAAGACACGAAAUAUUGAAGACUUUAGUCCGUGCAAAUAAAAGUCCCAUAGAUAAUGAGGUUGAUCUUCAAAAGAUUGCCAACGAUGUUAGAUGCAGAAACUUUUCCGGGGCGGAUUUGUUUUCAUUAGUUAAAGAGGCAGGAGUUUCAGCAUUGAAAAGAAAAUUUUUUGGUAAUCAAAAUAUACAAAAUUUGGAUGAGUCGGGUUUUUAUCAAGAAAAUGAAAUCGAUGACGACAUAUGUAUAACAGAACAAGAUUUUCAAACAGCAAUGAACUCAAUUCGGCCAAGUGUUAGCGAUCGAGAUAGGUUGAAGUAUGAGAAACUAAACAAGAGAUUGGGGUGGGAUGUAAUAAGUAAAAAUCAAGAUACACCCAUUAAAGAAGAUAACAUUACCUAA